GGUCACUUUUAAUUAAAAGAGCAAUAUAUAUACUUCUAUGGCUUCUUCAUCAACUACUUUGGUUAUUUCUAAGGCAGAUUCAAACAACAACACUAGCAAUAAUAUCAUCACACGCAUGGAUUCCAAGCUGUUCCAAGCUGCAGCCAAUGGAAAAAUCCAAGUGUUGAAGAAUAUUAACCAACCAAGCCUUGACCAAAUAUUGACCACAGAAAAGAACACAGUUAUCCAUGUCAAUAUCACUGCUACAAAAACAAGUAGUCAUAAUACAACAACUUUCUUGGAAUGGAUACUUAGAUUUGUCCACAACUGUUAUUACAAACCAAUGCAAGAGGAGAGUCUCCCUUACACUUGGCAGCAAGGUACGGACAUGAUCUUAUUGUUGAGUUUCUUAUUAAUCGAGCUAAACUACUUGAACAAUCUGAUCUUGAGAAGGCCAUCCUUGGUGGGGUGGAUAGUAGUGAUGUUGCCCAACACAUGAUGAGACUGAGCAACAAGGAAUUGGACACUGCGUUGCACGAGGCUGUGCGUUUCAACCAUCUUAAGGUUGUAAGGAUUUUGACUAAACAAGACCCUUAUUUCACACAUUUGGCUAAUGGAGCGGAAGAAACUCCGCUUUACAUGGUUGUAGAGGCGGAGUACUUAGAUUUGGUUGAUGAAAUACUAAACAAUUGUUCCACACCAGCCUCUACUGGCCCUAAUGGCAGAAAUGUUCUCCAUGCUGCAAUUUUAACUGAAAAUACAGGCCUAACAAGAAAGAUUUAGGAGAACAUAUUAGAUCUGACCAAACAAGCAGAUAAGGAUGGUUUCAUUCCUCUGCAUUAUGCUGUGAUGCCCACUUCGAGUUACUCGGAUAAUAAUUUGGAGAUUGUGAAGAUGUUGUUAGAAAAUGAUGAAAGCAGUGCCUACUUCAAAGAUAAAAAUGGCACCACAACUCUUCAAAUUGCAGCUUCCAACAGGUUUGGAGGUUAUGAAUUAGUGAAGGAAAUUCUUUCGAAGUGUCCAGAUAGCUAUGAAGUUGUUGAUGAGAAAGGCAAAAAUUUGCUACACUAUGCUGUGAGGAGACAAUCUCCUUCCACAUUAAAACUCAUAUUAGAUCAUUCUUCACUACUCAAUAAUUACCUUUUAAAUAGAAAAGAUAAUGAAGGAAAUACUCCAUUGCUUCAUAUGCUUGCCACUUCACCAUGUUAUUCAGAAAACUUAGAAGUUUUGAUGUCUCAUCCUAAAGUGAAUAAAAUGUUGUUCAACCAACAAAACAAAAAUAUUCUAGAUAUGGCAUAUGAUCUUGAUUCCAGUGAAUAUGAGAAGAAAGGAUUGCCAAAACUUUUUAGUAAAAAUCCAACAAUAAAGAGUUGGUUGCGAAAAUCACUUGUAAGAGAUGACAGAGGCGAAAAAAUAUUGACCGAGGCUGAGAAGAAAAAGAUUGAGCAAAAAGAAAAAAUAAGGACUAGAAUUGCAAAUAUUAGAGAGUCUACUCUAGUUGCGGCUGCAUUGAUUGCGACAGUGACAUUCACAGCAGGAUUUACAUUACCGGGAGGUUACAUAAGCGACGAGGUUAGGCAUCCACAACAAGGUAGCGCGGUUCUAAGGAAUAACAGAGCAUUUCAAGCCUUCAUUAUAACAGACACAAUAGCCCUAGUACUUUCUAUUACGGCUGUUUUUAUCAACCUUUCCAUACUAUAGCAUCUUUCAGUGAAGAUGCAAAGGAGGAGUUUGUAUCUAACUACCUCAUGUCAAUGGAGUUUACAAUAUGGGCUAUGGGAUUCAUGGUGGUAGCAUUUGUCACUGGUACCUACUCAGUGUUGUCACUUUCUAACACUCUUGCUAUCACUAUUUGUGUAAUUGGAUUAUCUUUCUUCCUUCUCCUUCUCAUCAUAGUGAAAGGGAAAAUUAGAAAGGUUCAAUUCACCUUUCGACCAUUUGUUUUGUACUAAAUAAUACGGUUUGUAUUAUUGUAUUAAAAUUUGUGAUUGUAAUAAUUAUUACAAUACAAAAUUCAAUCAAAACAUAAUUUUCUGAGCAUU